GUCGCAAUUAUAGAAACUGUGCUUUACGACUAUGGACGGAAGUAGUGGGGGAAGCUUGUUUUUAAGGGCUGUUUAGCUGUUGGCUCGUCGCUCGUUUUACGUUUGUUGUUCGGUCACAGCAGCUGCUGCCGUCAUGGAUCGCAGGAAGAAGCCGCUGGACGUGACUGUUGCUUCGCUGGUCGACUUGAAAGCUGAGCUUUUCCGAAAACAAGAACAAUUUAAAAAAGAAAAACUUCUGAAGGAUGCUGGGACCUUUGUAAAAACCAAAGCGACAAACAAGAAGCCAAGCAUCUGGACUAAGCAGAACAAAGGUGUUUCAGAUCGAGCUGAGAAAGAUGCUGAGCAGAAGAUAGAAGAGCAGCAAACACUGGAUAAAGCAAGGCAGAAACUGGAAGAGAAAGCAAAACUCUAUGAGAAGAUGACAAAAGGAGACUUUCCAGAUGAAGAAACUGAGGAUUUGUACCUUGUGGAUUUCACUCAAAAGAUCAUAGAUAAGCGGCGAGAAGUACAAGAACUGCGUGCAAAUGAAACUGCCAGAGAAGCGGUAGAGAAAGAAAAUGAAGAUGAGAGGCUCUCUGAAAUGGAGAUUCCACCGCCGCAGGAUCCCACUGAAGAAUGGGUUGACUAUGUGGACUCCUUGGGCAGAUCAAGACGUUGCAUGAAAAAGGAUCUACCGCAUCUACUUCAAAUGGAUAAAGAACUUCAGGGGAAGAGGCAAAUGGGCGAAGAGAAGACUCUGUUGUCUGAAGAUAUGAGAAGGGAACUUCAGCGUCAACAAUGGGAACGUGAGGAAGAAGAGGCCAUGCAGAGACCUGUGGGACCAAUACAUUAUGAGGACAUUCGUGAACAAGAGGCCAGACAGCUCGGUGUUGGUUAUUUUGCCUUUGCUCGUGAUCAAGGUGUGAGGAAAAAACAGAUGGAAACAUUGGAAAUGCUAAGAGAUCAGACCACAGACCAGAGAGCAAAACGUGAGCACAUAAAGGAGAAACGCAAGGCUGUUCUGGAGGCCAGACUGUCUAAACUUCGGGCAAAAAAGCGCUUGAAAGACGGCAACACAGUAGAAAAUACAGAGGAAGAAGCUGUUGAGCCAGUGCCCGCUGAACCCAAACCUAGUGAAGUGGCAAGAUCUGCUGCGGAAAGUAGGAAAGUGGAGGUUGUCAUUCAGGAGCGGAAAGAUACAAAACCCGGGGUUCCAUAUGUUCGUGAAUGGGACAGAGGCAAAGCAUUCACUUUUGGACUUUGGUCAAAGAAGCAGUCGGAACUCAGGGAUGAACGAGAGCCAGAAUUUGCACCUCCUUCCAGUUAUUAUACGGGUCAAAAGAGAGUGCCUGACUUUAAAAGCGAGAAUUGGAGCAAAGCUAGAUCCUCAUAUGAAGAAAGAGAACAUAAUCCAACGGAGAGCUUCCCUUCCACAUCUGCAGGGACUGAUGGUGGGUGUUCGCAGAGCAGUUGGUGCCCACCCACGCAAGGCUCCAGCAGCUUAGAUGACAUGCUCUCUUACUACAAACAAGUGACAUGAGCAUGCACAAGGUGGAUUCCUCGACAGCUGAAGGGGAGUCUUAUGUUCAAACAGCAACAGAAAUGAAAACCCUUAAGACUACAGGAAAAAAUGCUAGCAUAGAUAGUAAAUGCCUUUGUCAUGAGGUAGUAUGGACUGUUCAUGUGACAAAUGAUUGAUGUCUCUCGUUAGCUGGUUAACAUUAAAGGCUUCUAUUGUAAUAAC